AUGCGCUCGGACACAGUGUGUAUAGAGAUAGACGACAUUGUUAGCGGCAACGAGCCCCUUCUCUUUGGUGUCCCACAGGGAUCGAUCCUUGGUCCAACCCUUUUCCUCCUUUACAUAAAUUCCCUGUGCACCCUAUCCCUUCCCUAUUCUUCUAUCAUUACCUAUGCAGACGAUACUGCAAUACUUGUCCUUGGCUCAAUCUUGCCAUUAAUGUUUACUCGUGCAGAAUGCGGUCUUAGUCGUGUAAUGCUAUCCAACAAUCUUCUUACACUUAACCUUAAGAAAACUACUUACAUCACGCUCUCAAAGACAGCUAAAACUCAACCACCUUUGGAAACCUUCAAUAUAAGAGCUCAUACUUGUUCGACAUACACAUCCACUGAUACCUGCGACUGCCCAACUAUACUGAGAUCUGCCCACACAAAGUAUCUGGGAGUAUUUGUUGAUAGUCAUAUUUCAUGGAAAUACCAACUGAGCAAUGCCCGCAUCCGCAAGAUGAUAUACAUUUUCAGAAAAUUGCGUUACGCAGCUGAUUUUGACACCCUGAAAUCAAUUUAUUAUGCACUCUGUCAAUCUGUUUUAACAUAUUGUAUAUCUAUCUGGGGUGGAGCUGUGAAAUCGUAUCUUCUGCCCCUGGAGAGAGCACAAAGAGCAGUCCUUAAGGUAAUGACUUUUAAGCCUAUUAGAUAUUCGACUGCACAAUUAUAUCACGAAUAUGAACUGCUUACUGUCAGACAGCUCUUUGUGCUUGAAACAAUUUGCAGAAAACAUAUUGGUCUGGAAUAUGACAUUGAAGUCACAAGAAAGCGCCGUGCACGCAAGGUCUGCCAAGCCCAAAGUUCUAGAAGUGCGUUAGCUGCGCGCAACUUUAAUGUCGUAAGCUGCCACUUAUAUAAUGUAGCUAAUGAAUACUGA